AACCCGGUGUUAAGUGGGCUAAACCAGGAGGCGGAGCCUGAGCGCCGUCCACACCUAACCAGAUUAAUCAGUAAGCUCUGAAUGAGUGAGUAUAGACCUGUUUACACAUUUAGACACACACACACACACACACACACACACACUGCUUGCUCUCACACUGAUCUGUCUCUCUCUCACUCUCUCACACUGCUCUCUCUCUCCCACACACUGAUUAGUCUCCGUCUUUUCCUCUGUCUUGCUCUCUCUCUUUCUCUCACUUACACACACACACACACACACACACACACACACACACACACCUCUCUCUUACUUCAUUUUCUUUCUGUCUCUCUCUCUCUCUUACACUGCUCUUUUUCUCUCACACUGAUCUCUCUCUCACUCGCUCUUACACUGCGCUUUCUCUCUCACACGCUGAUCUAUCUUUCUCUCUAUCUCUCUCCUUCCCACUUGCUCUGUCCCUCUUUGUCUCACACACUGAUCUGUCUGUCUCUAUUUCUCUUCCUCUCUCACUUCAUUUUUCUCUCUCUCUCACUCUCACUCUCUCUCACUCUGUAAUUACUCUUUCUAGUGGAAUACACUCUUGCGUAAUGAUAUUGGCCCGGGGGAAGAGCUGUGCUGUGAGCGGCGCUGUGCUGGGGCUCUGGUGUGAUGAGCAGCAGUGAGGGGUUGGUUGAGGAGGAGGAAGUGGUGGUGGUGGUGGGCUGUGAGGAAGAGGAGUGAAGAAGCAUGGAUGUAAAGCGGAUAGAUGAGGAGGAGAUGGUCGAGGCUGAGGGAACGGCUGUGAGCUGAGAAACGUGACUCUGGGGUUCGGUGAUAUUGAUAUUUCCUCGUACCAGAUGAAGAGCGAUGCUGGCCAUGGAUCAAGGUGUAGUGGAGGAAUGGUUAUCUGAGUUUAAGACGCUUCCAGAGACGGCCAUCUCCAGCUACGCUUCGUCUCUGAAGGAAAAGGCCUUGCUGGUUCCUGCAGUUUAUAAAGUUAUCCGGGAGAAUUACAGUGAUCUCCUGGAGCCAGUAUGUCACCAGCUCUUUGAGUUCUACCGCAGCGGGGAGCCUCGUCUCCAGCGCUUCACCCUGCAGUUCCUGCCUGAGCUGGUGUGGAGUUACCUGUCGGUCAGCGCUGGCCGGGACCCCCACUGCAGCGGCUGCAUCGAAGCCCUCCUGCUCGGCAUCUACAACCUGGAAAUAGUUGAUAAAGAUGGUCAAAGCAGAAUAUUGACCUUCACCGUCCCCUCGUUAUCCAAGCCAUCAGUAUACCAUGAGCCCUCUGCGAUUGGUUCCAUGGCCUUAACCGAAGGAGCUCUGGCCAAUCACGGCCUGAGCCGAGUUGUUUACAGUGGACCCCACCUCCAGAGAGAGACGUUUACGGCACAGAACAGGUUUGAAGUGCUAACUUUUCUGCUGCUGUGCUACAAUGCUGCUCUGAGCUACGUCACCAGCUCGUCGCUCCAGUCUCUGUGUCAGCUGAGCUCCAGGGUUUGUAUCUGCGGCUAUCCGAGGCAGCAAAUGCGGCGAUAUAAAGGUAUCAACAGCAGAAUGAUGGUGACCUCAGAGUUUCUGGUACAGCUGAUCACAGGAAUCCACUUUGCCCUAUGUAAUGGAGAGACAGAGCUGGGCUCCAAAGCUCUGGAUGAUGUGUUAUACCGAGCCCAGUUGGAGCUUUACCCAGAAGCCCUGCUAGUGGGGAACGCCAUCAAGUCCACGCUGAAAGGAGCGGCUCUGAAGUCGAAUAAGGAAGGCACGAGGUCUAUCCAGGUCGAGAUCACGCCCACCGCCUCCAGGAUCUCCAGGAACGCCGUCACUAGUCUUUCUAUCCGCGGACACCGCUGGAAACGGCACGACGCAGUGGAUCUGGGUUCCCCGGAUGAGCUGAUGGAGAUCUCCGAGGUGGACGAGGGCAUUUGCACGCAGCCCGGCGCUCAGGGGAACAGCCCCCCUACCAUCGUGGUUAGCAAUGCUACGGCCGUUAGCACGAAGUCGGUGGGGAAGGGCUUGCGCCGCCUGGGAGGCAGCCGAUCCAGCAAAGACAAAGAUAAGGAUAAGGACAAGGAAAAAGACAAAGAGAAAGAAGGAGGAGCAGAGCAGCUCUCGCGCAAGCAGUCCGGCAGCCGGGCCAUGAGCGAGAACCUGGAGCUUCUGUCCCUCAAGCGCCUCACGCUAACGUCCAGCCAGUCAGUGCCUAAGGGAGGCACGCUGAGCCUGUCCCGCACGGCCAGCGCCGUCUUCUCUCGCUCUUUCGAGCAGGUCAGCAACGCCCUGGCCGCCGCCGCCGGCACUCAGCAGCAGCAGCAGCUUCAGCAACCGCAGCCCCCGAACCACCACAUCUCCAGAGAGAACCGUUACUCAGCCUGCAGCCUGCAGGAGGAGCACCUCAGCCCCACCCCACACCACCACCACCAUCAGCAGCAGCAGCGCUCACCCAGCAUCAGCUUGCACCUCGCCCCAGACAUGUGACGCUAAACGUGAGAUUAACCUCCUCCUUCCUCGAAACCCCUCCUUUCCAACUUUUAACUCCUGAGCACUCAAUCAUUAGAUGGGUGGAUUGGUGACAAUACUGGAAGUCCUGAAAAUCCCGAAAGUGGACCUCUAGCCAUAACGUAAAAGCCGCAAAACGCAAACAAGACAGAGGACUCGCGGUUCCUUUUUAUUCUUAAGCCACUCCUGUUUUUUUAAGGCCUUGGAAGAGACUCAAACAGAAUGAAGACUGCUUCAAAAAGGCCCUAGCACUCCUGCCCCCCGGUGGCACUGAACCAAAACUGUUGCACCUUAAAAAGAAAAAGUCUGGUUUUUAUUUUUGUGGAUUUUUUUUUUUUUUUGUCAAUGGCGUGUUUCUUUAAAAAAAAAAUGUACAAAUUGUAUUUUUGAAGUAAGUGUUUAAAAAAAAAGAAGCAAAAAAAAAGAGAAAAAAAAAGAGCAGAAACAAAACUCCCCCUUUUUCUCCAUUUGUAUUCUUCCAUGUCGUCCGUGGACUUUUUAACGCUAACCGAUUGUGUCGAUACCGAGGAUUGUACGUGAAGCCUGAAUUUGAGCUUUUAAGGGUAUUUUUUGAUGCUGUAUUGAAUCGUGUGAUUCGGAAAGCGUGUGUAUGUGUGUGUUUUGUGUUGUGUUGUGUAUGUUGGGGCUCUUUCACACAGAGUGUUGGGUUUUCCUUUUUCUUUUGUUUUUUUUGGAUUGGGUUCUAUUUAACAGGGCUAAACUCUCCAUAGCUCUGAUUUCUCUGUCCAUUCUUUCUGUUUCUCUGCUCUCUGUCCGAUUCUGCUCUCGUUUACUGUCCCUCCUCCACUCAAGAGCCCAUUAGCUAUGUUUUAGCUAUAUAUUUCUUGGCUUUUCAUGGCCAUUAACAGACCAGAAGGCAUUUAGAAACACUUAAAACAGUUACAUGAAGUCUCUCUGUAUAGAACUGCCAUUCCCCCAUACACAUUUGUUUGGUCUGUAACCAUAAUAGCUUUUUUUGAUUGGUCUGCACAACACAGUUGAGUCAUUCAGUUAUAGAAGACACUAUUACAUUUACUUUUACAUCUACUUUUAAAGCAUUUUACUGGGCCAAUGUAGUGAUAGAGGUGUCUAGCCAAAGGAGUCUUAUUGGUGUAGCGUAGCAUUCAGUCACCCAGACCAGGAAUUGAACCUCAGUCUCUCACAUGCUCACUGGCAGGCGGUGGUGUUAUCCACUGCUCCAUGCCAACACCACACCUUUUAUUGUAGAGGUGGUCAUUAAAAAAAACUAUACAUGCAUUUCUUUUGUUGUUUCUGCAAAAUCUCUGUGUGAAGGGGCCUUUAAUGUGUGUGUGUGUGUGUGUGUGUGUGUGUGUGCUCGAGUGAGUUUUAAAAUAGGCUGUGAAUUUUGUGUGUGUGAAGGAUGAGAUCUGCUUUUUUUUUUUUUUUAAAUGAAAGAGCACAAGUGUAUGUGUGUGUAUGUGUGUGUGUGUGUGGAUAGCAGAAUAGACAGGAGCUGGAAAGAAGUGUAUACUUCCCCUUUUUUAUGUACUGAGCUUUAAAAUAAGUGUUCAGUAUUAGAAAAACACCCCCGACACCUCGGCAAUACACGCGCUUCGUGUUCCCAGUGUUCCACGUUCCCAUUUAAAUGAAUGGUUCAUUGAAAAACAAAUACAAAAAUGACCCAGAAAAGUGCCCAGUCGGUUUCCUCUUACCCUGAAGUAGCCAAUCAGCCGAAAUGUGCUCCUUUUAAAUGCUUAAUAUUCAAGAUUAAAGGGCUGUACUGUUAGAUUGGCGCUGGGGAGCUGCGUGGGUGUGCACGAGUCUGAAUGGCAGGUGCUGAUAUUCACCACAGUGUUCUUGUUGAGGUGGAACAUCAGCGCAAUGCGACACGUUAUGAAAGCAGAAACUCUCUCUAUUUCUCUCUCUCUUUCUCUCUUUCUCGCUGGUGAAGGAUGUAGAGAACUUCGUUCUGAGUUUGGUUUAAAGUUGCUGUUGAGUUCGCUUCUUUCUCGGACACAGGGUUUAUUUAUUCAUCUCUUUUUUUUUUUUUUUAGCCUUUUUGUUCCUGUUCAGCUGUUCCUGUUCUUGUGUUUCUAUGUUCCAGGUGAAGCACAUUGUCACGUUGUGAAGUUGUGAAAGGUCUGCAUCCCUUAAAACGAUGUCUAGACGCAUCUAAACGCAGCCUCGCACAAUUGCACUUCUCUGCACGUCUGCAGAUCGCCUCGUCACAUGCACAAAAAAAAAUGUAACUAGGUGACAGUGCUGACAUGGAUGUGUUCGUUCAAGUAGUGGAUAUUAGGCACCCAUUCCAUCAUCGUCAUUUGCAUUCCCAAUGCUUCAAGCAGAAGCAGAAAGUGUGCACUAGUGCAUCUCAAAAAAUUUGAAUACUAUUGCAAAGUUACUUCAUUUCAGUAAUUCAGUUCAAAAUCUGAAACUCAUAUAUUAUAAUAUAGAUGUAUUACACACAGAGUGAUCUAUUUUAUGCGUUUUCUUGAUUUCUUUUAUUGUUGAUGAUUAUGGUUCACAGCCAAAAAAAAAACCCUCCAAAAAACAGUGACAAAUUGGUACUUUUUGGCAGUGUGGGCAGUGCGCCAAGUCCUGCUGGAAAAUGAAAUCUGCAUCUCCAUAAAAUCUGUCAGUAGCAGAGGGAAGCUGUAAGAUAGGAAGUGCUGUAAGAUUUUGUGGGAAAACAAAACUGCACUGACUUUAGACUUGAUAAUAAAACACAGUGGAUCAACAGCAGCAGAUGACAGACAUGUCUCUCCAAACCAUCACUGAUCAUCAGCAAAUUUUACAUUUCAUUUAAAGGAAAUUAAGGGAGCAGAGUCUGGAGGAAGAGUGGAGAGACACACAGUCCAAACUGCUCAAGGUCUAGUGUGAAGUUUCCACCAAUCAGUGAUGGUUUGGAUAAAGAGACAUGUCUGACAUCUGCUGGUGUUGAUCCACUGUGUUUUAUUAUGAAGUCUAAAGUCAUUAAAGCACUUUAUAAAGCUGCGGAUUUCAUUUUCCAGCAGGACUUGGCACACUGCCCACACUGCCAAAAGUACCAAUUGGUCUUGUGAGACACUGAUUUUUUUGGGUUCUCAUUGGCUGUAAGCCGUAAUCAUCAACAAUAAAAGAAGAAUUAAACUUAAGCUUAAAAUAGAUCACUCUGUGUGUGUAAUACAUCUAUAUAAUGUGUUAGUUUCUGAACUAAAAGUAAAAAAAACUUGCACUUGUAUUACACAUCUUUAAUACUUUGCGGAGUUGCAAUCAGAGUGCCAUUAUUGGGAGAUAUUGGCACUAAUAGAAAGCCACGAUAGACCUUUAUAUCAAGCCUCAAACACUAAACACUAAACAUGGCUGGGCUGAGCGACUGACUGACUACACAUUUGGGUUAAAGAGAGGAAAAUUAUUAUUAUUUUAUUUUUUUUUUUUCUCCUCGGUGAACCAUUCCUUUAAAACCAGAUAGAACUAAAGACGAAGCUGUAUUUAUUUGUUUACACAGAGUCCAUCGUGUUAUAUCUUUAAAGCAAUAUUGUCAUUUUGAUGACAGAUCAGGACCUGAGUCUGAUAAACACAACUUUUGGUUGUAUAAUUGAAGGUGUUGCACAGAGGAAUGCAGUAUUAAGAGGUGGAGGUGGAGAAGUUGGUGGUGCCGCAGGUUUAUAUUGUUUAAAACAGAAAAAGAAGAAGAAAAUCCUCCUGUCAUGCCAUGUGAUGUGAUCUGUGUUAUUUGGACGAGGAUCCAGAGUGAUCCGGUUUGUUUGUGGUCUGGUUUGUUUAUCGGCGGUUAUUUUUUAUGUUUAUUUUUUUCUCGUUUUGUUCUGUUUUAAUUCGCAGCUGACGAAACACUGUGGUAUCGUACCGAUCUGUUGUCUGUUGUCUGUUCCAGGAUUUUCUUUGUUUUUCUCCACUUUUGUUUUAGAAUAAAUAUCUUGUUUAAAUGA